GUAUGAACAGUGCGCCACUGGUGAACUGCAUUCGUCUUUUGCUGUGUAAUAUCUGAUUGAGUUGCACUAAGUCCAUUACUGAAGAAAAGUGUGUUUAGUCUACUUUUAACUCAGUUCAAGGCAUGGAAUACCUGAUUGGGAUACAAGGACCGGACUUUGUCUUGGUCGCAGCAGAUAAUGUAGCAGCCAGCAGUAUAAUACAGAUGAAACACGAUUAUGACAAGAUGUUCAAGCUCAGUGAGAAGAUCUUACUCCUGUGUGUGGGUGAAGCUGGAGACACAGUACAGUUUGCAGAAUACAUUCAGAAAAAUGUCCAACUUUAUAAAAUGAGAAAUGGAUAUGAGCUCAGUCCAUCAGCAGCUGCAAACUUCACAAGGAAAAACCUUGCAGACUAUCUGCGCAGUCGGACUCCAUAUCAUGUGAACCUGCUCUUAGCAGGAUAUGAUGAAACUGAUGGUCCCGGCCUGUACUACAUGGACCACCUGUCAGCACUUGCCAAAGCCCCUUUUGCUGCACAUGGAUACGGUGCUUUCCUCACCCUCUCCAUCCUGGACCGAUACUACAAACCAGAUCUGACCCGUGAGGAGGCUGUGGAUCUGCUUAAGAAGUGUAUAGAAGAGCUCAACAGACGUUUCAUCCUGAACCUGCAUUCUUUCACUGUCCGUUUGAUUGACAAGGAAGGCAUUCAUGACAUGGAGAAGCUUUCCGCAGGCACCAAAUGAGCAACUACUGUUAUUCCCCUCUGGUCACACUCUUUUAUAUUGCAAAUGUAACCCUCUGUGCUCUAAUAAAACAAAAAAUCCUGUUAAAUAAACAAUCUUAUUUUGGCUUUA